GAAAUUCAUACGCAAGCUGACGCCAGAGAUAUUUGUGGCAGGUUUUGACGAAAAACAAAAAUGAAAUAAAAUGUCUAGCGUUCAAGUCCGAAAAUCAAAUCAAGAGUACGUAGUCCCGGCUAGUGUACCACAAGAUGCACAGCCGUCCCCGUUAGCCCUCCUCGCAGCCACGUGCAGCAAGAUUGGGGCGCCCCCUCCCACCGACGACGCCUACAACCAGGGAGGGUCCCAAGCCAUCCGUGUGAUUGUCCCAGGGCAAACCAGUGGCGGUGAGGUGGUACAGGCGCCGAGCUGGGUUCAGCUUCCGCAAGGGGCGCUGGUAGAUCCAUCGUCGUCCAGUAAUGGCGGAAAGGCAAACGGAACGAGCGCCGUCGCCAACAUGCCGGCGGCAGGCCUUCUCCAGCAAGCUCCACCCCAAAUCAUGGUUUCCGUCGGACCAGGUGGGAACAUUUCGUACAGCAUCAUGCCUUCUUUUCAGACGGUAACCAUUGACGGGCAAGAGGCGCUGUUUAUUCCAUCGACGGGAGGGGCGGUGGGGAACCAGGCUUUGGUGGCCCAACAGAAUAUCACUGGACAGACCUUGAUAACCCCAUCGGGACAGUUGGUGAGGACUCAGGGAAUUUCAGGGGGGAAUGUGAUCCCCACCAUGGGAUUCACCAAUCUUCCAGGGAAUGUGGUCAACAUAGGUGGGAAUCUCGUCAGCCUUGGUGGGGUCCAGCAGCCCCCCAUUCAAGUCCCUAUGCAGCAGAUCACCAAUCUGGUCCAGAUCCCCGUUUCUGUUAACGGACAGACGGUUAACACGUUGCAGGCGAUUCAGGUCCCGUUGCAGACAUUUCAGACGAUGCAGGCCCCCGUUCAACAGGGUGCAGCCAACACCGUCACUCAGAGCAUUUCGCAAGUCAUGACAUCGGCAUCGGCACACCAAAACCAGCCUGACGACUCGAUGAAAAGUGACGACAAAAACAUUGCUCAAACGCUGGCCCAAUCUCAAACCUCGAAUUCUGUCCAGAACAUUUUCCAAGGUGGCCAGGCCAACACUAGCUUUGCGCAGAUUGCCAUGGGGCCGAAUGGCGUCCCGACUUUGAUUCCAGUUGGCGGGAAUGUCCUCAACACGGGCGCAACACAGAUUGUUAUUCCAUCAUCUCAGUCAUCUGCUGUUGCACCACAGACUUCGUCUUCAUUCGCAGUUGCCUCAUACCCGCAGAGUGGUACGACUACUGCAACUACUAUGACAUCGUCAUCCGCAGCCUCCACGCAGUCGCAGACACAAGGGAAUGUGAUGGCGACGAUCCUUACACCCCAGAUGAUUCAGGGAGUCGGGACGCAGGGCAUCGGCGGACUACAGAUUGCGGGUCACAGUCAAGUGAUGCCGCAGAAUCUGUGGCCUCAAGCUGUCAACCUCGGCAGCAUUAGACCAUCAAACAUUCAGACAAUUCAGGUCCAGAAUCUACAAGGUCUUCAGAACAUUCAGAACUACCAGGCUAUACAGAACCUGCAAGGGAUCCAGACGGUGACCCCUCAAGGUCAGAUCAUCACCAGUGGUGCCACUGUUCCGAACCUGGGUGGAGCCGUCACGUUGUCGUCGACAGGGGCAGUGACUGGCAUCACGCCGACCACUCAGAUUCAGAGCCUCGGCACUCAGCAGAUCGGUCAGUCGACUCAGGCCAUCGGCAACACUCAGAUCAUACAGGCUGGUAAUCAGCAAAUCCCCAUUCAGCAAGACCCGAAUGACCCGACAAAAUGGCAGGUUCUGGCCACAUCACAGGGUUCAACUGUCGGCAGUCUGAGCCCAACACAGGUGGGGCAGCCCGGGCUGGGGCAAGAACCGACCCCCCCGGGACGUCGUUUGAGAAGGGUGGCCUGUACGUGUCCAAACUGCCAGAGUGAUGGAAGGACAACAGGAGACAACAAGAAGAAACAACACAUCUGUCACAUGCCGGGCUGUGGAAAGGUUUACGGAAAAACUUCUCACCUUCGAGCUCAUCUUAGAUGGCACACUGGGGAACGUCCAUUUGUGUGUAACUGGCUGUUUUGUGGGAAGCGCUUUACGAGGUCGGAUGAGUUACAGCGACACAAGCGAACACACACAGGAGAGAAGAAGUUUCAGUGCGGGGAGUGUAACAAAAGGUUUAUGAGGAGCGACCACUUGUCGAAACACAUCCGCACUCACAACGCCAAGAAGAGUGCACAGCAGAACGCAGUUUCCAGUACGCAAGUAGCUGGAGAAGAUGGAGAGAUGGAAGAAAUGGAGGAUGAGGACGAAGCGUUGCCUGAUGGGAUGGUGAUGGUCAGUGCCAUAGAUGAGGAGGGAGACCAGGGGGAGGUGAUGGCGAAAGUCUCCCUCGAAGAGAUGACGGAACAGUUGGAUGAUCAGACAUAAUGGAAUGAUGAGACAUAAGAGAAUGAUCGACAUAAGAGGAUGAUCUAAAAUAAGAGGUCCCUGGUAGAGUCAAUACAGGGAUUGGAACUUGUGUCAGAGGUCAUUGGAAGAUGUAAUACUGACAUUGGGAAAAAGGUCGCUGGUAGACUUAAUAUAGGGAUUGGAACAGAGGUCAAAGGUCGCUGGUAGACAAUACAAGGAUCGGAACAGGUCAAAGGUUGUUGAUUGACUGUAGAUUUGAUACAUGGAUUGGAACAGGUCAAAGGUCAUUCUUUGACUGUAGAUUUGAUACAUGGAUUGUAAAAGGUCAACGGUAGUUGAUUGACUGUAGAUUUGAUACAUGGAUUGGAACAGAAGUCAAAGGUCGCUGAUCAAUAUAGCAUUCUGAGCAAAGAUGAUCAUGGUCAAAGUUAAACAGAAAACGCUACCAUCAGAGGCCUCCAAUGAACGUUCCAGGUCAAAGUUCAUCAGCAUAGAUACUAUCUGCCAGAAUGUGAGAUAAACAUGUAUCGGGUUCACUGAGAAAAGUUGCAGGUCAGAUUUCAUCAGAAGACAUCAGUUGGAAUGUUCUGUGAUCAGAAAUUCAGCAGCUAACAGAUAUAUUUAAUUUCCUUCAGAAAUGGGAUGUAUUAGUCAAAGUUAAUGAAAAACAUGAAUGACAGCAUACAGUGUAUGUAGGUCAAAGUUCAACUAUAAAAGCAGACCUUGACAUGGAAAAAAUUAAAGAGAGAUUAAUUGUUCCAUGUCAUACAGAGCAGUUAACUAUCAGUAUUUGCAGGCCAAAUGCACAGAUCAAAAUGUAGGUCAAAGUUCACCAACAGAUAUGAUGGGCUGAGUUCACCAGUAGACAUAAUAGUUGAAAUAUUAACUUCACAGAAACAAAAGAUAGCAUUGGUUUAAAUACCAUAGAUCAGAGCAGAGGUCACCACCAACAGACACAGGUUAUAGUUACCAGCAUAUGUAAAAUUUAUAUGUCAAAGUUCAUAAGCAUAUUUAGAGGUCCAAGUUGACUAGCAUGCAUACAGAUCAACGGUUAUCAACAGCAUGGUAUCACUUGAAUCCAUAUGCUUACGGGGUGGGGGGGGGGGGGGGGCAGGCUGGCAGGCUGGCUUUUGCCCUAAUUAAAUGAAAAUGCCCGAAUCUUGAUAAUAUUUGUAAAUAUUACCAUUACUACCAAACGGCUAUCUAUAGGGUUGCAAACAAAUCAUUACACUAUAUCUAUAUUUUAAUGAAUGUUUGGUGUGACCAAAUAACUCGCCACACACAUGCAUAAAUCAUCCCUCUAAUACCAACAUUGAAUAAAAUAAAUCUGCAUUUCAUAAAACCACUUGCGCUGCAAUAUUAUUUCAUGUUUUUAAAGCAUAAAAAAACGUGAAUGUGUAUUUCUUGUUGUGCUCUAUAUGAAUGGAGUAAUAUAUUUUAUUUCCUUGAAUACAGUUUGUGACUGUCUAAACUACAUAUACAUUGC